UAACACAGCACUACCUAAAAGCAGGAAGUAGCUGCGUUAGUGGAUCCUCCAUCCAAACCACAUGCAGCCGAAACAGAAAAACAAAGCCUACAAAAUUACAUUUCGGCCAGAUGUGGAUUUUCUGAUGCACUGCUGAGGCGAGAAGCUGAAACUAGUCAUCUACAUAUCGCGUGGACGCGUUUGGGAAAACAAGAGCAUGGGGCAGCAUCUUGGGAAACGUGAGCCACAUACUGUUCCUAAGGGGGCAUCAACUGUAUCUGAACCCGUCCCCACAGACUCACAAGAUGAGGUAUUUGGACUGGGGGAGGCGGACCUCAACCAGAACAAUGGGUGCUCCAGCAAGAGUCCAGUGGUGACUGACUCCAUGAACGCUGCAGUAGAUCAGAGCAGCUGGAGCCAUCUGAGCUCAGACGACCCUAAUGCCUCAGGGCCCCGGCCCCACUUGAUCCGCCUCUUUUCUCGAGAUGCCCCAGGUCGCGAGGACAACACCUUCAAAGACCGCCCCUCGGAGUCUGAUGAGCUGCAGACCAUCCAUGAGCACAGCGGAGCUGGCUCAGAGUGCGGUUCCGAGUGUGCAGAGUAGGACCUAAAGUAGAUUUCCUCUUUGCCCUCUCUUUCCUCACUCCUACUUUGGAAACAAACACACCGCUGCAGAGAUUAAAGCUAACACUCAGCAUGGCAUCUGCAAGCUCUUCGCAGUCAACAUUCAGACUGGGCCGCAGUAAGAAGAAUCCUACUGGUUAUGGAUCAGAUUGGAAAGUUCUUUGGAGGGGAAAAAAAGAAGAAGGGAAAGGUGAGGAUUGAGCAGGCAUUCAGAGUUCUCCACAUGAGCCUUUACUACUGUUCUAUUUGCGUGAAUUUAUCUUGACCUGCAAUUAUUGCUUGAUUCCGAGAUCACCACCAGUAAAUGAGUUGCAUUUGAUUUGAUUUAUUUUUUUAAAUGGACUUUUAUCUCUUAAGUUUAUUACACGUUGCUGUCAUAUAGUAUCCAGUAUUGCAUAAAGCUGCAAUUUGUUAUAGGAUUCUACUGUGAUUCAGGGAUUCAGCAUACAGUGUGAUGUUUAUAAACAUCACUUUUAGCUUUUAUAUAAUGUGCAAAUGUAUUUGAAAUGCCUGUGUAACAAAAUUAAGUGUUUUUAUGACUUUUCACUGACAGCAACUGCAACGUUGAAAAGUUCUGUAGUAACCAUAAAAGAUGGUGCAUAUAGCAUAUUGUACAGUGAGUGGUACUGUCUCAACCAGGAUGUUUAUGUCGGCGAAGAGAAUUUUCACAUAUCUGACACUUUCUUAUACAGUAUGUGAUUGAUAAAUAUUUUAUAUUUUAUAACCAUUUUCAAAUCCACUUAUCGUAUAACAUCAUGGUGUUAAGGGAGCACCUCAGGGUUUUUCACGGUACAGAUGGAGGCCAUUACUGACCAGUUUGGUUUCUAAAACGAACUUGCAUCGUUUUGGAAAUUAUAUUUAACAUUUGUUAUGCUUGUGAAAUUAUGCAAUUUCUAGAGCCUUAACUUUUAAGAAAGGAGGGAGAUAAAUAUUUUUUUCUUCUAAAAUAAUAUAAAGAUAUUUAAGCGUUUAGGUGACAAACACCAAAGUUGGGAAACUCUUUGCUUUGUGGGGAAAAUGUGAAAUGAGAUCGUGAUGAUGUGAGUUUAUAUUUGUGACCUUAUUUUGAAAGUGCCAUAUGAUGGUUAAAAUGUAACGUUGCGGAAUUACUGACUAGUUUUAAUACAGCUAAAUUUUUUUGUGGGUAAACAUAAUGUGACAAAGAGAUUCGGAUGUCAUAGUUCCAGUUGUAUAAUAGUUUUGUCCCAAACCUACAUGUUUGCUGCUUCAACCAGAUUUCUCAAACAAGCCUCAGGUUAACUCACCUCUCUAAUGUAACAAUGUGAUCUUUUAAGUGUUAAUGCCUCACUAGUAACCCCUGUGUCCCAACUAGAUUGUGUCCCAUUUGUAACACUUUGUAACAACAUCAGCUUGUGUAACCUCCAUAUUCUGGAACAAAUAUGUUAUUUAGCCUGAUCCUGUCCUGAGCUUUUUGACCUUUGCUUGAUUAAAAUCUGUGUAACACCAA